GAGAGAGAGAGAGAGAGAGAGAGAGAGAGACUGGAGUGUGUGUUCAGAGAGAGAGAGAGAGACGGGCAGAGAGAGACUGUGUGCGUAUUAAGAGAGAGAGAGGAGAGCUCUGGCGUCUCCCGGUAGUAAAUCUAUCAGGUCUCGAGCAGAAAAACUCGGAGAAACAGACAGAGAAGAGGGGGAAGAGGCCUCGCGACAAUCUCGUCGUUUACCGGUGACCUGGAGCAGCGGCAGCGCGUGAAGCCUUGGAUUAAAAAGAGCGACCAGAAGGACCGUGCGGACGGGCGGUGCGCUCUGAAGUUGGACAGACUACCGAGACACCGACAGCAAAGCAGCGGCAGCAGCUUUUGUUGCCCCCCCUCCCCACCUCCCCGAACCCCGUGAAGGCAGCGGCGGCACCGGGAGGCUGUGCCCGCGCACCCCGACCAUGAAGCUGCCCUGGCUACUGGCGCUCACGGCGCUGCUGGCUCACGCCGCCACGGGACAGACUUGGUCGCCGUCUAUCGAUGAUGAAGGCUCGACGAGAGACGAGUUCUACGAUGAUGAGGACCUCUACUCAGGCUCCGGUUCUGGCUUUCCUGAGAUCAGAAUGAGGCCGACAUCAGUGGGUGUGUCCUUCACCACAGAGGAGCCCCUCAUCCUCUCCACCACCCAGGCCACCGGCCCCGCACCUUCCGCCUCGCCUGCGGCUGAGCCCAGCCCCAACCCCGAGGACCCCACCGGCACCCCGCUGCCCACCGAGGCCGACGGAGAGAGCGGUGUGUUCUGGGAAAGAGAGAGAGAGCUGGAAAGAGAGCGGGAGGAAGAGAGGGAGAGAGAGAGAGAGCAAGAGAGGCUGAGGGAAAUGGAAAGGGAGAGGGAGAAGCAGCUGGAGGAGAUGGAGAGAGAGAGGGAGAGGGAGAGAGAGCGCGAGCGAGAGAGGGAACGUGAGAGAGAGCGCGAGAAGGAGAGAGAGAGGCAGAGAGAGCGUGAGCUUGAGAGAGAGAGAGAGCUGGAGCGAAUCAGGGCCGCUGCCCAGACCACCGCCGCCCCACGAUCCCCUUCAGCCGUCCCUGUAGUGACCACCAACCCGGCAGUCAGCACUGCGGAAAGUGCAGCGCCCUCUGCCGGUUCAGACGACCUGAGCACCACAGAAGAAGAAGAAGAGGACGUGUACCUGUCACCUGAACCUACAUCGUUUUACCCAGACUUCGAAACAGAAACUACCACAGAGGAAGACACAGCCACCACAGCAGAGAUCACCCCUGAGCCCACGACAGCUGCACCUACCACCACCACCGCUGCCACCACUGUCAAGACCAGGGUCCCCUUCAGGCCCAGAGUUCCUAUGACAAUAGCCACUCAGGCGGCGCCAACAGAGAGAACGACCCGCCCACAGCAGCCCACGACAUCACAGGAGGGUAACAACGACGUGGGUGCUGCAGGGCCGAGCGGAGAUUUUGAGAUCCGUGAUGAUCGCCGUAAUGAUCUCGGUCGAGGUAUAAUGCCAGUGGAUCCUGAUCUGAUUGGCAACACUGUGGACGGAGGAAGCUCUGCCGCCCAGCUGCCACAGAAGAACAUCCUGGAAAGAAAAGAAGUCUUGAUAGCGGUGAUUGUGGGAGGCGUGGUGGGCGCCCUGUUUGCUGCCUUCCUGGUGAUGUUGCUGGUGUACAGGAUGAAGAAGAAGGACGAGGGCAGCUACACGCUGGAGGAGCCCAAACAGGCCACCGUCACCUACCAGAAACCAGACAAGCAGGAGGAGUUUUACGCAUAACACUCGUAUGCCAGAGAGACGCACCGCACACCGAGGGAGAGAGAAAGAGCGAGAGAGAGAAGAGAGAAAGAUACUCUGAGCCCCGUCCUCCUCCUCCUUCUCCUCCUCCUCCUCCUCUUCGUCGCUUCCCCCCCUUAUCUGCUCGCCUCUCCUCAUCCCUCUCUCCUCUCGUCUCCAAAACACUUGAGAGCGCCUUUCUCUCUGCGGACUUGGAACUUUCUUUUCAAUGAAAAUGAAAAAGAGGACAAAAAAAAGAAAAAGGAAAAAAAAAUCCAAAUAUAUUCUGAAAAGAUAACACGUACACACGAGAUGUUUUUAAAGUAAAUGUUGUUAUUAAUAUUCUACAGAUUCUCUUGUUCUGUAUGUAAUGAUAUGAUUAUUUUGUAAAAAAAAAGAAAGAAACAAAAGAAACAACAACAAAACAAAACACAAGCUCUUAACCUGUGUUUUCUAGCACAAAAAAAAGUUCCUCCUCUGUUUUUAUGGAGCGACUGAAAAGGCUGAAAAGAAAGAGGAGAGGAGAGGGGUGGAGCGAGCUGGGCGAGACACAAAAGAAGAAGAGAGGGGUGGGCUUGACUCUGCCCCCCCACCCCCACCCCAAAAAAAAACAAAACACACAGAGCGUCUGGUUGGCCGAACGGAGCCCAGGGUCAAAAGGUGAGAGGAAAGGUCUUUUUUGUGCCUUCCAUCCCUCUGGUGCUCAAAGACACAUACGCACAUCCAUACAGCCACACAAACACACGCUCACACACCUGCACAUGCAUACACACAGACUUGUAUCUGCUCGAAGGUGGCUCUGACCUCUCUCUCUGUGCUCGGCCAACCAGAAAACGGCGAUCAACCCUCGGCGUGUUUCACAACGUCGAGGAGCCGCUGUGGAAACAUAGGCUGGUCCGUCUGCUCCGCUAAGCUGUACAAAGACUAGUUACGGAUAGUAAUAAUAACCAAUAAUAUAUCAAUGUUUUGGGCUGGAUGGUGAAUAAUAAUAAUAAUACCAUAAUAAUAAUAAUUAAUAAUAAUUCUUAAACAGGAGGAUGUGUAUUUAGCAGUUUAAAAAAAAAGUUUAUAUGUAAAUAUCAGCGUAUCCUUUCUGGCAUCACUAACCAUCUGCAUGACCAUGAAGAGUUUUUAUUCAUCACAUCCGUCAUCAAUUUAGAUGAGCUGUGCUCUCGUCAGCCACAUGCACACACACACACAUGCACGCACGCACGCACGCACGCAUACUUACACACAUGCGCACACACACAGAGGUACAGACAUAUAACUUGCUGUGCAUUCAAAUACACCACACAGACUUUUAAAUAUACUGUAAAUCACAUCAAACACAUAUCAAACCCAUCGUCAUCGUCAUCAUCGUCAUUGUGAUAGUCAUCACUCGUGAUACGAGCGAGAUCAGGUGGUUUCAAUAUGUUAUUGAUUAGUUAUGGAUCAGUUGCUGGUUGGUUUAGAGUUUGGUCUGUCUGUGUAAAAGCACAACUACGUGUCCGGUCAUCACGUCAUCUCCCCCUCCCCACACACACGCACCUUUUGCAUGCCUCACUUUCUUUUUCUUCCAUCAUUGGCUCUCUGUUUGGGGAUGGGAGGGGCCUCGGGGAAGCGAGAGGGGCUUUAAUGAAAAACAGGAAGUGGGAAUCUGCGCAGGAAGUUGCUCCCAGGUGCACUAAUUCAGUCAAAAUCACAACUUUUCUCACUGAAGCUUUGGCUAUGAGAAGAAACAGACUUUGAAUUAGUGUUCAUGUGGUCAACUUGAACCUGCUGCGGGACUCUUUUUUGGGGAGGGGACAACGAGGAAAAGGGGUUAGGAUUCGGUUUGAUAAUGUGAGGAGACAGGAGGGCUGUGCUUCUAUCUAAGAGAUUGUAACAAUAACCACACCAGUGCGACUGGGCUAGUAGCUUCUAUUAUACUCAGUACUGUAGAACAAAAAUGCAUGGGAGUCAAAACUAUACUAGUCUGGGUGUGUGUGGAUGCAUGUGUGUGUGUGUGUGUGUGUGUGUGUGUGUGUGUGUGUGUGUGUGGUUUUGUGUUUGAAAGAAAAAGAGGGGUGAGUUCAAGUUGGAAUGUACUGUGGCUGAGUGUGUGUUUACCUACUCCAGCAGUUCUCACGCUCUUCCACAGACAGGUAACACACCUCUUCCACUCCUGCGUGUGUACGUCGCCUGCCCCCUCGCCAGUGUGACAAUAUAUGUGUGUGUGUGUGUGUGUGUACACCUCAUCUAAACCCGCCACCUGUAUGUGUAUGUGUGUGUGUGUGUGUGAGAGUGCUUCACCUUGGUAUUUCACAGCAGACUCUUGUGUACACUGACUAGCCUGUCGACGUGUGUGUAUGUGUGUGUGCGUGUGUCUGCGCGUGUUUAGUCUCUUCACUGCUGAAUGAGGGGCAGCUGGUCCCUCACAGUGGCUUUCACACACACUGACUGUCUUUUCACUGUCUGUCUGCCUGUCUGUCUCUCUGUCGCAGGACAGACGGACAGACAACACGCCACUUUCUCACAGGCAGGAAUGAUCUUAACACGUACUGUCUUUUCUAAAGUGACUGUCGAAGUGUAAACAUGUGUGUUUGUACCCAUCUAAGCCUGCGUAGCCAAAUAAGACGUGUGUGUGUGUGUGUGAGAGAGAGAGAGAGAGAUAGAGACAGAGAGAGAGAGGGCGAAUUUGUACGUAUGUGAGCGUAGGUAUGCAUGCGUGAGUUUGUGUGUGUGAAGCCCGAUGGAGGCUACACUACUCUAUGUUUGCUGUUCCCAUUCCUGUUUUUAUACAUUUGCAUUUUUUUAAGGCUGAGUUUCUGUCAUUGGCUGAGUGAGCGAGAGGAGGCGGAUCCUCCACGCCACCGCCCUGUCACUAAUCUGCCACUCUGUUCCAAAUAAAAAACCUGAUUGGGUAAAUCUG